AUGGAAAAGACAAAGUAUGUUGAGCGCGACAUCCCAAAGAUCUCCCUUGCAAACUUCGAGCAACGAAUCGACGAAAUCACAGCCCAACUCGUAUCUGCCGCCGAAAAUGUCGGGUUCUUCUCCAUCACCGACCAUGGCAUAUCUGCGGACGACAUCGAGACCAUGUUUGGAACCUCCGAAUCAUUCUUUUCGCUGCCGGAUAAGGUGAAAGCAACAGUGCCAUGGAACCCACAGAACGUUGGAUGGGAGAAGAUGUCCCAGAUCCGGCCAUCUACGGGCGCCCCGGAUACGAAAGAAUCAUAUCAGUUGCAGUUUGGGGAGAACAUGGAGGGCUUGUGGAUGUCGGACGCUCAUGUCCCUGGCUUCAGGGAGAAAUGCCUUGCUUUUAUGCAUAGGGUGCAGAAGGUAUCGGAGAGACUGAUGGUCUGCUUUGCUCGCGGACUUGGCUUCCCUGAUGACUUCUUCAUUAAAGUCCACGAUACGACGCGUCCAAACUCCCAAUCUGUGAUGCGAUUGCUUCACUACUAUGCUACACCAGAGACGAAUGAUGGAACUAUCCACCAUAGGGCUGGCGCCCAUGCUGAUUGGGGAUUUCUCACCGUCCUGUUUCAGCGCGAGGGCCAGGGUGGACUGGAGAUUUGUCCUGGCCGCGAUGUCGUUACCAAAUUCGCGCUAGGAGAUAAAUGGACAAAGGUUGACUUGAAGGCUGGGGACAUUAUAUGCAACAUUGGGGACCUUCUCAUGUCCUGGUCAGAUGAUAGGUUCAAGUCGACAUUUCAUCGUGUAAAGGCACCAUGCGAGCCGGGUGACUACUAUGGAGAGAGAUACAGCAUUGCCUUCUUCAACCAACCGUGCAAGGAUGCGAUAAUCCAGGGCCCGAAGAAGAAAUACUCAGAAGUGACUGGGGAGCAGUUUACUGCUAAUGCUAUGAAGACGUACUUCGCUGCUUUGAAUGCGAAGAGAGAGUCAGAGACCACGGUAACCAGUUCUACUAAUUCUUUGCCUGUCUCUGCAACUUCUAUCACCGCUGGUGCUUGA